UCUUUUCAUAUUCAUUUCACCCUCAGUGUUCCGUUACCUUCGAUUUUCCUUUCUCUCUUGCAAAUUUCAUAUCUCUCUUUCUUUCUCAGCCAAGCAUUUCUCCCUUUUUCGUUUCCAAUUUCCCCUUCUCUUAACUCACCUAUUUCGCCUCCUUCGUGUCCCUUUCUCUUCAAAUUAAGGCUCGGUAGGGUUAGGUUAGGAUAGGUUUUCGGUGAGGCGAGAGAAAGAGAGAGAGUAUGAGGUUGAGGGAGGAGGUAGCGUGUAAAAACGACGACGUUUGUGAGAAAGAGGAAGUGGUGAUAGAGAAUGACGUAACCGUGGCCCAAAAUCAUUGGUGUCCCGUGGUGAAUGCGGGGUUUUCUUCGCCCAAGAGAGUGGUUGUGGUUGGUUACGCUCUUACUACUAAAAAGAUUAAGAGCUUUUUGCAGCCUAAGCUUGAAGGUUUAGCUAGGAACAAGGGAAUACUAUUCGUGGCUAUUGACCAUAAUAGGCCUCUUUCAGAUCAAGGUCCUUUUGAUAUUGUCUUGCAUAAGUUAUCAGGCAAAGAGUGGCGCCAGGUUCUUGAGGAUUAUAGGCUAUCACAUCCAGAAGUUACUGUUCUGGAUCCUCCAGAUGCCAUACAACAUUUACGCAACCGUCAGUACAUGCUUCAGGCUGUUGCGGAUAUGAACCUUUCUGAUUCCUAUGGCAUCGUUGGUGUUCCUCGGCAAUUAGUUAUUAAGAGAGACGCAUUAGCCAUCCCAGAGUUGGUCAACAAAGCUGGCUUGACUUUACCCCUUGUUGCAAAGCCACUAGUUGCCGAUGGAAGUGCAAAGUCCCAUGAAUUAUCCCUUGCUUAUGAGCAUUUUUCCCUUCAAAAUCUUGAACCUCCUCUUGUUCUUCAGGAGUUUGUUAACCAUGGAGGUGUUCUUUUCAAGGUUUAUAUAGUUGGUGAUGCUAUAAAGGUCGUUAGGCGGUUUUCAUUACCUGAUGUAAGCAAGUGGGAACUCUCGAAAGAUGCUGGGAUAUAUCGUUUUCCAAGGGUUUCUUGUGCUGCAGCUUCUGCAGAUGAUGCUGAUUUGGAUCCUACUGUUGCUGAGCUUCCUCCAAGACCUUUACUAGAGAAACUGGCUAAGGAACUUCGAUGGCGAUUGGGUCUUCGUCUAUUCAACCUGGAUAUUAUCCGUGAGUAUGGAACAAGAAAUCACUUUUACGUCAUUGACAUAAACUACUUCCCUGGAUAUGGCAAAAUGCCAGAAUAUGAACAUAUAUUUACAGACUUCCUGUUGAGCUUGGGGCAGGGGAAGUACAAGAAAAAAUAGGCUAAAAUAACUGUUUCCAGCCCUUUUAUUUAUGUCCCCCACAUGACGUAAGCCCCCUUGCCUCUCAGUUUGAAGCUCAAAACUAUGGCUGUAGGAAAGUAUCUUAGAAAGCAUUAGUGAUAAUAACUUUUUCAGUUAUGCUGUGUGAUGGAAGUGCCAUGGAAAACUAUCAAGACUUGUGUUUCAGGAACUUCGACCUGUACAGAACAACUGCUAGUAUUUUAUUGUGCGGGAACUUUCGGCUGUCCUUCCAAGGUAACAAAUGCUGUUGCAAAUCCUCUGAAGUUCUAUAAGCUGGUAGCUUGAUGAACGAAGGGGUCAAGUCUGCAAUUUGAAGGAUUUGUCUUCGCACCGCAGUGGAUGUUAAUAUGACCGUGUUGGAUAAGUUGACGGAUUUCAAAUGUACUGACCCGUUCUUUGCUGUAUAUAAGGCAUAAAUUCUUGACACUAGGAAUCUAAAGCAAAUUUUCGUCAAAGUACAUCUUUUUUGUCUUGAAAUUUAUUUCGUGUUUCUAUAAUUUUGUUAUAAUGUUCUCUCAUCAGGGAAUAUGUCGAACAACUAAGGAACCCCUUGCUCUUGCGUAUUAAUUAUAAGGAGCCAAUUAAGCGCUCGCUCAUGUCUAUAGAAAUUUUCCUUUCCGCUGUAA